AUGAUUAAAAAGAGAUACUUUCUUCAGGAGCCUGAGGUGAAGGAGUACCUGGUCAAAGGGGAGAGGUUCAUCAAGUGGAGUGAUGACUCGACACGCACAGCACCUGUAACUCUGAAGAUGGACUCAAAGGGUUUCUACCUCUACUGGACUAAUCAGAGCAAGGAAACUGAGUUUCUGGAUGUGGCAACUAUCAGGGACACAAGAUCAGGGAAAUAUGCCAAACUACCAAAACACCCUAAGGUUCGGAAUGUCCUGAACAUGGACUUUCCUGACAGCAAUCACCUGGCCAAAACCAUGACUGUUGUCUCAGGCCCUGACAUGGUCAACUUGACAUAUCACAACUUUUUUGCCAACAAAGAGAAAGUAGUGCAAAACUGGGAGGCUGACAUCUUGGCCAUGGCCUAUAACCCACACAGAGCUAACGCCUGCAGACAGGUCUUCCUGGAUAAAAUAUAUGUCCGACUUACUCUGCAGACCAACAAAGAUGGCAAGAUUCCUGUCAAAAACUUCUAUAAGAUGUUCCGAGCUGAUAAGAAGAGGGUUGACAGCGCAUUAUCUGCAUCUGGCUUACCCAAAGGAAAAUUUGACAGUGUCAAGCUGGAGGUCUUCACAGAGGAAAAGUACAAGGAGUUUCUCAGUAAUUUAUGUCCACGACCAGAGAUUUAUGAAAUCUUCACGUCAUACAGCACCAAGCCCAUCAUGUCAAAAGAGGUCCUGACCAAGUUCCUGAAUGAGAAGCAGCGUGACUCUCGACUCAACGAGGAGCUGUACCCUCCCCUGAGGCCGGACCAGGUUAAAGCCCUCAUGGAGAAGUACGAGCCCAUGUCCACCAACAUCAACAGGGGCCAGAUAACUCCAGAGGGCCUUCUGAACUAUCUGAUUGGGCCUGAGACAUCUGUGGUGGUCCAGGACAAACUGGCCCAGAGCCACGACAUGAAGCAGCCGCUCAACCACUACUUCAUCAAGUCCUCACACAACACCUACCUCACAGCGGGCCAGUUCUCUGGCGUGUCGUCCCCUGAGAUGUACCGCCAGUGUCUGCUGGCUGGCUGCCGCUGCCUGGAGCUAGACUGUUGGAAGGGCAAGCCGCCCGAUGAGGAGCCAAUCAUCACCCACGGCUUCACCAUGACAACCGAGAUCCUCUUCAAGGAUGUGAUCGAGGCCAUUGCAGAAAGCGCUUUCAAAACCUCCCAGUACCCCGUAAUCCUGUCCUUUGAGAACCAUGUCGACUCGGUGAAGCAACAGGAGAAAAUGGCAAACUACUGCAGGACAAUAUUUGGAGAUGCUCUGCUGACCGACCCACUGGAUAAAUACCCACUGAAGCCGGGUCUUCCCAUCCCAUCCCCCUCUGAGCUCAUGGGAAAGAUCCUCAUCAAGAACAAGAAGGGGAACACUGCCACCACCACACCCAACGCAAUGAAAACACCAGCCCCAGAGCAGGCCAGCAAAUCGGCAGAAACUCCCCCUGUUUCUGCGCCCGAGCCGGCCACUGAUCCUGCCCCAGAGACAGCUUCUACGCCCAGUGACUUGUCUGAAUCUGCCCCUGUCUCACCCUCAGCUGAUGGGGCAGUAGAGCUUGGCUCAGAUCCAACUAACACCACCUACACCUCCCAUGUUGGUCAAGAGGCGGAUGAGGAGGAGCAGGAGCAGCAGGAUGAGCAAGACGAGGAGAAGAUGAAGAACUCAGAUGAGGGAACAGCUGGACAGGAAGUGACAGCAUACGAGGCAAUGUCAUCAAUAGUCAACUACAUACAGCCUUGUAAAUUUAUCUCCUUAGAAGCUUCCAGAAGGAAAAAUAAGAGCUAUAACAUCUCUUCAUUUGUGGAAACCAAAGGAGAGAGUCUCAUUGCCAAAUCAGCGGUGGAGUUUGUAGAAUACAACAAGAGGCAGAUGAGUAGGAUCUACCCUAAAGGCACCAGAAUGGACUCCUCCAACUACAACCCUCAGCCCUUCUGGAAUGCAGGCUGUCAGAUGGUAGCGCUGAACUACCAGACCAUGGAUUUUCCUAUGCAGCUGAACAUGAGUCUAUUUGAGUUCAAUGGAAGAACUGGCUACCUCCUCAAGCAUGACCUAUUGCGGAGGAACGACAAAACGUUUGACCCGUACUGUGAUAGGCUUGACACCAUUGUGGCCAAUACACUGAGCAUCAAAAUCUACUCAGGUCAGUUCUUGUCUGAGAAGAGUGUGAAGACUGGGGUGGAAGUUGAGAUCAUAGGGUUACCAGGAGACCAGAAGCGCAAGUUCCGCACCAAGUGGUGUGUGACUCCCAACUCAAUUAACCCUGUAUGGACUGAUGAGCCGUUUGUCUUUGAGAAGAUCUCGUUUCCUGAGAUGGCUUCACUGAGGAUCGUGGCUUAUGAGGAGGGAGGGAAGUUCCUAGGACACAGGAUCAUCCCAGUCGAUGCCAUCCAAUCAGGAUAUCACCACAUUGGGUUACGGAGUGAGAGCAACCUCCCCCUCACCCUUCCCUCCCUUUUCGUGUACAUCGAGGUGAAGGACUACAUCCCUGCAGCUUUCGCCGAUUUCACGGACGCUUUAUUCAACCCAGUGAAGCAUUCAGACAAGCCAUCAAAGACACAGGAGUCAUCAGCAUAUCUCUGCCCCUAUGAGCUCCCCAUGGCUACUACACCUGAGGUAGCUAAAGCUCCACCACCGUCUACUCUACCUGUGGCAGAUGUUGAAGUCAGUAAGGAUCCAGAAGAGGGCGCUAUCCUUCCUCCACCACCUGAGGAAUCUCCUGUAGCUGAUGCUGAUGCUACAACUGCUGCCGCCACCGUUGAAUCCCCCUCAUCCCUGAUCACGGAGGAGAGAAGCCCCACUCCACCUCCUGAGCCCACUACAGAGCCAGUGACACCCCUCAUCUCCCCCCCUGACCCCCCCAUUCUCAACGGGCCAGCUUUAGACUCCAUCGACAUUGCCCCCACCCCGACACCCCCUGAACCAGAGGCAAACAUUGUGCCAGUCCCAGAGUUACCAUCCCCUGAUCCAGACAUGGAGACUUCAGAUGAGCCACCUGCCUCUGAAGCUCCCGCUGCUGAGCCUCUGUCUACUGGGAGUGAGGGGGAGGACAGGGCUGGUGACCCCCCCUCUGAGCCUGCCCCUGGAGCUGAAGCAGCCGCUGGUGAAGUGGCCUCAGCCACAUUAGUUACCAACUCAUCCAUCGACUUAACAGAACCCUCCACUGUGUCCUCUGAGGAGCUGCUCCAGCAUAAGAGCUUCCUGAAGGUCACCAAGAGGCAGGAGAAGGAGCUGAAGGAGCUUGAGCGAAAGUUCCAGAAGAAAGGCGAGGAGCUGACACAGAAAUACAGUGACCAGUUCAAGUCCCUCAAGAAGAAGACCUCCCUGAAGAAGAAAGAGGCUGGAAGUGAACAGGCGAGUGGAGAACCUCAGAUGGAGCGUGUGCUUGAUCUGAAGGAGAAGAUGCAGCUGGAGCUCAGGGCACAGUGGACUGAGCAGUAUCACUCCACCAGGAAGAAGAAGGAGCAGCAUGCUACCGAGUGCCUGACCAAGCUGCUGGAGAUGGCCACUGAGAGACACUCCAGCGAACUCAAAGCCUUACACAGUGAGAACAAAGAGAUGAGGAAGAAAACAGACUCCAAGCGAUCAGGAACAGACAAGUGCAGACUGAAGAAGAGCAAGAGUGUUGAGCUGCUUGAUGAAGAUGUCCCUGACAAUAAAGAGGCUGAAGACUGUGUGAACGCCCAGGAAGAGGCUCUGAGGAAGAACCAGGCUGCCACUCUGGAGACAUUCAGAAGCUUUGUUGGCAAGCUGGUCCGAGAGGCCCUGGACGAGCAUGGGGAGAAGAUGCGGACGCUGCCGUGUGACGUGAAGGUGGCGGUGAACACCUGCAUAGGGGCACACUUCCCCAAGCAGGUGGAGCAGCUCGCUGACAACAAGCCGGAGAAGGUGGGCCAGUAUGGACACGUCUUCCUGGGGUGAACGCAUCCCCUUAGCCUCCGCACCGCAACACACACGCAAUCAUCUCUCUCAUUUUACCAAACUUAUUUAGAAUGUUUAUUUUUAAGUGAUUGCGUGGAUUUUAGUUUACUUUAGUUGAUUGUGUGGAUUUUAGUUUACUUUAGCUGAUAUGUGGUAUGUAAUCCUCAUGAUAUAUCAUACCUCUAGAGUACAGUGGUAGAGUGCAGUGCAUAGAGCUAUAUUUUACAUCUG